CACAUCGUGCAAAAUGAAUCUAUUAUUCACGCUUAUUCUCUUAGUCCUUGUUCUGUGCAGCAACGCUGAAGACUGCAGAGAGGAAAAGGAACUUCAUUCCAUAUGUGGAGGAUAUUGCUUUAGAGCCCUAAAGCCUAUCCUAGACCGCUCAGAAAGCUUACAGAGCGAAGUGGACAACUUGAAGCAUGAGCAGGAGUCUGAAUUCAAGAAAUCAAUCGAACAUUUUGAAGCAAAGCAAGAUUUUCAGCAUGAGAGGGUUGAAGAGCAAUUUAAACAAUUAUUGCAACACAUUAAAUCGCAAAAUGAGACAGUCGAAUAAAAGUUACA